GCCUCUCGGAGCAGGGCGCCUGCGCGCGGAGGAGUUUGGCGGGUUUUUGGUUUUGUUGGGUUUUUUCUUUCUCAGUCCGAUUCGGUUCCGGGAGGACGGGAUGGGGCCCGGGGGCUCCGGCUCCGUGUCGGCCGAGCGCCUGGCCUCCGAGCUGCAGAUGUUCGGUCUGGACUGCGAGGAGGCGGCCUACGAGAAGCUGGUGGAGCUGUGCCCGCUGUACAGGCAGACGGAGGAUGAGCUGGUGGCCGAGCUGGUCGCCUUUAGCAGCAACACCGGCAAAGUCUUCCUAACCUUGGAGAACCUCAGCUCCUUUGAAAAUGAGUUUCUAACCAAAAGAAUAGCCAAAGCCCGGCACAGUGCCACCAAGAAGGACAACAGCCACCCGGGCACCUGGGACAUUGUCUCCAUUCAAGAGCUGAUUGAAGUGGAAGCCAAAGAAGAAACCCUCCUGAACUCUUACACAACGCCAUCCAAGGGUUCUCAGAAACGCAGCGUCAGCACCCCUGAGACUCCCCAGUCCAAACGGAAUGUGGUGGCAGCCCGCAGCCCCCAUCUGCUUUUUUCCCCCUCCAGCUUCUCACCAAGUGCCACGCCCUCUCAGAAGUACAGCUCCAGAAGCAGCCGCGGAGAGGUGGUGACCUCCUUUGGCUCCACACAGGGAAUGUCGUGGUCCGGGAAAGGAGGCGGCGGCGGCCUCAGGGUGAAGGUCAUGGACGGUGCCAGAGGCGUCACCGGCACCUACAAAUCCAUGUUCCAGAAGCUCACAGACGUCCGAGAAGUUCUGACCUGCAAGAUUGAAGAGCUGGGCUGUGAACUGAAAGAGGUUUACAAGAUUGAGGCCUUCAGUUCGGUCUCCGUGCCGGCCCAGGAACCAGUCACUUUGCUGGGACAGAUUGGCUGUGACAGCAAUGGGAAGUUGAACUCGAAAUCAGUGAUUCUGGAAGGAGACCGGGAGCACUCCCUAGGGAUGCAGAUCCCAGUGGAUCUCUCGGAGCUCAAGGAAUAUUCGCUCUUUCCUGGCCAGGUGGUCGUUAUGGAGGGAACCAACACGACAGGAAAGAGGUUCAUUGCCACCAAACUCUACGAGGGCGUGCCUCUUCCCUUCCACCAGCCCACAGAAGAGGAUGGAGAUUCAGAUCAGCGGAUGGUCCUGGUCGCCUGUGGGCCUUACACCACGUCUGACAGCGUCACCUACGACCCCAUGAUCGACCUGAUCAGUGUCAUUGCCAGAGACCAGCCGGACGUCUGCAUUCUGUUGGGACCUUUCCUUGAUGCUAAGCAUGAACAGAUUGAGAACUGUCAGCUGACCACCUCGUUUGAAGAAGUGUUCAGACGUUGUUUGCGGACAAUUAUCGAAGGGACCAGAAGUUCAGGCACCCACCUUGUGUUCAUCCCAUCCCUGCGAGAUGUGCACCAUCAGCCCGUGUACCCCCAGCCACCUUUCAGCUUCCCGGACCUUCCCAAAGAGGACAAACAGCGGGUACACUUUAUGUCUGACCCCUGCACCCUCUCCAUAAAUGGAGUGAUUCUGGGCUUGACCUCAACGGACCUGCUGUUUCACAUGGGAGCAGAAGAAAUCAGUAGCUCGUCCAGCACCUCGGACAGAUUUAGCCGGAUCCUCAAACACAUCCUGACCCAGAGGAGCUACUACCCCCUGUACCCCCCCUUCGAUGAGAUGAGCAUCGACUAUGAGCAUUUCUAUUCCUAUGCCCAGCUUCCUGUCACACCGGAUGUCUUCAUUAUUCCGUCAGACCUGAGAUACUUUGUCAAGGACAUCUUAGGUUGUGUCUGCAUGAACCCGGGCCGCCUCGCCAAGGGGCAGGUAGGGGGCACCUUUGGGCGUCUGUACAUCAGCAGGCCGGCUGCCGACGACAGUGGGAGGAAGGGUCCGUGCACGGCGGCCCAGGUGGUCAAGAUCUGAUUCCCCCUCCCUUUGGGACCCCGGCCCCUGGGCACUGCUAGUGGACAAUGGGGGCUCUGGCCAGGGAGACCUUGGCAGUGCCUUUGGCCCAAGUGGGCCCCUCCCUACAGGAGGAAGCAGCCUCCCCUCUCUUAAUAGGUACAUGUGCACACCCAGCCCUAUGUUUGGGGAAGGAACAGGGCAGGGAUAUUUUCUACAUGAAACAAAAAUAAACAUUUGUAAAAAUUCAAUCUCUUUACAA